AUGAGCACGGUUACCUCCAAGAAGUUGGUCGGAAAGGAGAAGCUGGACACAGAUCAGGGACGCGCGCAUGAACCAGUGACGGCUGCGUUUAUAGCAUACAGGAACAAGUCCGGAUCGACCAACCUUCCAGAGGGUGUUGUUCACAUAUAUCGCGAGUGUGCACCCGAAUCAGGACAGGAGGCCCCUUCACCCCAACCUGAUGAUGUGACUACAACCGCCAACCCUGCAGCAGAGCAAUCUAACGUGCUCCCGGAUGUAGAUGCGGAUGUAGAAGGUCUCACCCUUGCUGUUCUCGCUGUUCCGUCUUGGAUGACUCCCUCCGACUUCCUCGCCUUCGUGGCUCCCGCUGCUGACGGAAUUGCACAACUCAGAAUGAUCAGAGAUUCAGCACCUAAUCGUUCUAUUGUGGUCAUGAAGUUUAGAGGUGACUCUGACGCUGCCGAAUUUGCGGAAACAUUCAACGGGAAACAGUUCAACUCAAUGGAGCCUGAAAUUUGUCACGUUGUCAAGGUUCUCUCCGUAAGCGUUGACACUGAUGACCCGGUCUCCGUUGCGCUGUCGCGCAGCUCAGGGGAGAUGUAUGAGUUACCCACAUGCCCAGUGUGUCUUGAGCGCAUGGAUUCAGCUGUCACUGGAUUAGUCACAGUUCCAUGCUCGCAUACCUUCCACUGCGCCUGCUUAAGCAAAUGGGGGGACAGCCGGUGUCCCGUCUGCCGCUACUCCCAAACCCUCCUCUCCUCGCACCCAACCUCCGCAAAUACGACGCGCUCGAGCCAUCCUAUCCCUUUUUCCCCGCCCUCCGCGACGGCGCAGUCGCUCUGCGCGGACUGCGGGAGUACCACGAACCUCUGGAUUUGCCUCGUCUGCGGUAACAUCGGUUGCGGGCGCUACGGCCGCGCGCACGCGCACGCGCACUACACGCGCACGACGCAUCUGUACGCGCUCGAGCUCGAGACGCAGCGCGUGUGGGACUACGCGGGCGACGGGUACGUGCACCGGCUCAUACAGAAUAAGGCCGACGGGAAGCUCGUCGAGCUGCCCUCCGCUGCAGCUACCGUCGGGUCCGAUCGCGCGGGUGAUGCGGGCGGCGCGGGGCCCAGUGCGGCUGACGCGCUCAGCGCGGAGAAGAUCGAGGCGAUUGGGAUCGAGUAUUCGUAUCUCCUCACGUCGCAGCUCGACUCGCAGCGCGCGUUUUACGAGGAGCAAACUGCGGAGCUGCGUACACAGGUAGACCAGCUGAGGACGCUUGUUGAGCAGCUCAGCGUCGAGGUGGAAAAGGGACGCGUGUCUGCUAGGGACACGGAGGCAAAACGCACCGCGGAGGAGCAGGCGCGCGAGGCCGAGCUAAGGAAGGAGAAGCUCAAGGUGGAGAAGCGCGCCGAGAAGGCGGCGGAGCUUGUCCAAGUGCUCAACAAGGAGCUGCGGGAAGAGCGUGCCGUGAGCAAGGGGUUGUUGGAGAAUCUCCGCUCAGUCAAGGAGCGUUCCACGCAGGUGGGACAGGAGAAGGCUGAGUCUCUGCGGAAGGUGCAGGAGUUGGAGGACCAAGUCAGGGAUUUGAUGUUCUUCCUUGAUGCAAAGAGCAAGAUCGAGAACGGAGAAGGUGUGGCAGCUGAAGCUGCAGGAGGAUCCAUUGAGGUGAAUUCAAGUCCAGCGGUCAAGAAAAAAAGCAAGCGAUGA